AUGCCCCGGAUUGCGAUUACCAAUCGUGAUUUUUGCAGUCAUUCUUCAAGCCCUGAAUCGGGAUUGCAAGUCCUGGGAAUUACGAGAAAUCGAGGCGGUCUAUUGGCCUUCGAUGGAAUUGGCGAUGGUGGAAGUCAAAGGGGCAGAGAGUGUGAAGGCUCACCAGCGACGGUAGCAAUAGGGCGACAAGAAGGGCGUCGAUUCUCCGGCGACCCUUGUGGCUUAAUCGUCGUCAUCAACAACGCACAAAUGGGGGAACACAAAAUAAAUUUUACUUCCCCUUCUCAAUAUCUCUUUAAAUCCUAUUGUGAUGCACUCUCUUUUCCACCAAUACAUCUCUUCCAUAGAGCUAAACAUGUGGCUGCUGCAGACGUUUAUGAAAGCGUGUCCUCCACCACUACCGAUGCCCCAGUUACCAAGAAACCCUUUAAAUUUACCAUUAGGCUUCUUCCCCAAGAUACCACCAUUUAUACCUUCUUAAUUAUCUCUCCUUUCCUCCUCGUUCUCUCUCAAAAAUCACUGCCUCAAAAUCAUCUUAUUUCCCUGGUUUUGUUUCUUGCAAUUUUUCACAAUGACUUCUACUCCAACUUCAUAAUCGGUACUGAACUGUAGAUGUUGAUUUCCAUCUUCAUGUAAGUUGUACUCUCA